AUGAAGGAGUUCUUGCAAUCCCGCAUCACGUUCGAGGAUGUGAUUGCCAACACCCUGUCCGACUGGCUCACAUGGGUUGCAUUGGUCUCCGCUGUCAGUGCGGCAGUUGUAGCCAUUCGUCUGGAAAUUCUGGCAGCCAAGUGGAUGCAGAAGCGACAAAGCGCACAGCUGGGUGCGCCAACGGAGGAGGCUGCGCAGGACCCCUUCGAGGACGGUGCCAAGCAGCUGGUGAGCCUAGCCUUUGCGAAGAACGCGUGGCUCCUCAGGCUGUGGAGGUGGCUCGAAGUCUUAGUGGCCGUUUUGUGGCUGGGGUUCGCGAACUUGCUGGUUCGCUGGAUCUGGUGGCUGCCGGUGGUCCUCCUCUGCUACGUCGGCCCGGCAGCCAGGCACUACGGAGUCGGGAGUCUGCUCCAAGCCCCCGCGAAGGCCAUCAUGACCAGGGACACAGCCUCGCAGGUGGCCGGCUUCCUGCGCACUCUGAUCUUGACGUGUCUUUGUGGCGGAGUAUACUUCUCGGCAUUUGGCGACGCGUACUUGUUUUCCAUACAUUCCACGGUGGGCGCCUCCGAUUCCAUGCUGCUGAAUCCUGCCCUUGUGGACUGGUCGCAGCAAAAGUUCAAUGCGUGGGAUGGCAGAUGGCUGCGUCAGCACUGGCUGUUCCAGUGGGCCCCUGAAGGUGUUUCAGCAAUUGGUCUUUUUGAUCUGGCUCGGCACUCGUAUUUGGGCCUUCUGGGCUUCUACUUGCUCUGUCUGCUCUGCGCAGUCCUGUGCUCCUGCGUGCCCAGCUUGCGAGCGCGGAUUCGAAAGCGCAGAGUUCCUGAGGACGUGAAGCGCUGGGCCGUAAAAGAGUUGCUUCGGAGCACUCGCCCCCAAGAUUUCUGCACGGUGCACAAGAGUCUCAGGCCGGUGGUCGGUUUCUCGUGGCCUUGGCGGGCCGGGCUGUGGCAGGGCUUGGCCUUGCUGGUGCUGGAUGUUGGGCUUGACAUCAACACCAUCUUCACCUUGCUGGUCACGAAGCACCACCUCUUCGCUGCGGUGAUGAGCUUCCUGGUGGCUCGCAGUGUGCUGAAGCAGCUGUCUGCCCUCCCUCCUUGGCGUCUCCGCGAGGCGAUCAAGGACUCCUUGCGCACAGGCCUCAUGCGGAAGGACCUCUUGGACUUCAUCGAGGAGGAGCAACGCUCGGAGGCAUUUUUCUGCGGGUGCAUCACCGCCUACUCGCUUCUCUACUCAGCCCAGACGGCUGAUCAACUGCUUGUGCAGUUCUUGAGCGUCCUCCUGAGCACGUGGCUUUUUGCAGGCUAUGCUGUGCGAAUUUGUGACCUGGAGUUCAAGCUUGCGCCCGAUGACAUCCCUGCCAGUGAAAAAGCACCCAAAGCCGACACCGUGGGCGUCCGCAUCGAUGCAAUCGAAGAGGACUCCGCAGCACCGCAGCACGCUCGGGCCAAAGACGCUCCUUCCGAGAAUUUGCAUGAGGAGCUUCCCGGAGCCCCGGAGCCGAACCUCAUGGGCUCAGAAUCCGUAGAGGAGCCUCCGGCCAUCUCCACGGACAUGUUGGACGUUGGGAUUUUGGUGAUUGACAGCGCCGAAGCCGUCGACACAAAGGAGGAAGCAUGGCAAGGUGCGCCUUGUUCGCCAGGACCUUCAAAUGAGGUCUGCGUCUCUGAAGUUGCCAUUGACCAUCGCGGAGGACCGUCCUGCUCCUGCAUGGAGCAGCGAGGAGAGCUCGAAUCCUGUCGACCUUGA